CAAAUACAAAUAGGGAUGAGGUUGUAAUUAUGACCCUGUUGCAUCAUGCUUGAGUUAUUUUAAAAUAUUUUUCAAAUGUUUCUACUUUCCUAUCCUAGAUUACCAUACAAAUUUCUUUCUUUCUUCCCAGUAUAAUUUUUCGUUUUGUUUCAUGACUUCAAUAACUGUAAAGUGAAAUGCUGAAGAAAUCAAUAACGCUGAGUAGCCACGGGCGUGUUAUUCAAAAGCCAAACCGAUAUUGUACAACCGAGUCGUCUGCAGAUGAAAGACCUGCAGCUUCAAACCCACCAAAGAAGCAGAUGUCGAUGGAGCAACGCAUAGCAAUGAUGGUGGAUCAAGUCGCUUCGGGAGACUCACAACAUUUUGAAUUGGGUAGUGAUCAAGAUGACCCUGACGAAAUCAUGCCAAAUUCACAAUUGCACUCUAGUAAUUCUGUAACAUUUAGCGAUGUAGUACGAGUAACGACACAAGGACAUAAUCACGUCAAAGAGCGAAUUAAUCAUAUCCCGUUGAAUUCAAGAGCAUCAGUGAAUCUACGUCCAGUCUCUGUAACAGGUACUGUUGAAGAAAACCGUGACAUUACACCGACUACAUCUUCAGAGCAGACACUUCAGCGUAUUGCCCAAUCCACCACUGAUGGUUUACAAGAUCUUCUACAACAGUUUGAGGAGCGCCAAAAGGAAUGCCUUCUAGACUUUGCAAUGAAAGUCCGAAAGGACCACCGCGAAGACAUGAUUAAGCUUAACGACCACGCAGAGAAGCGCUACCAGCAUUUCGAAACAGUCAUCAAACAAAUGAUUCAAAAGGAGCGGGAAAUUGAAAGGGCGUACCCAUAUGAAAAGCCACCAGGGUUCCCUCUUGAUUCCUUGGAGGUAUUCCAGGAGUUUGAAGAAGAUCCUGAAAGACAACGAUCUCUAAAACACUAUCUCAUCAAUGUCGGUGGUAUCACAGCUAGAGAUGCUCUCAACCAAUUUCUAAAGGAAGCCAUGACAGAUAGCCUGACAAAACACUUCUCUUGGACCGGAAAGACUGUUUUAGACAAAGAGAAUCUACGACCACUAUUUAAUACCUGCAUCGGAAAGGUGUUUUUUGAUGCCUUACGUGAGUGUCGAACAAUACCACAGCCACGUGAUCGGACAAAAUUUGCAAGACUGAUGCAAGAGGUAAUUCGGGGCGCAAAACAAAGACUGCGGGAUUCAAAGAGACGCGCCAAUGGUCCUUUUAGCAUGGAGGGUCGCAGACAAAAAUAUAUGAACGAAAUGGCUCAACGGUACGAUGUUGAAGACCCUGCCUAA